AUGAAUGCACAAGAGUGGAACAAGCUGAGGAAAAAUUGGGACAGCCUGAUGGAUCUGAUCCCAGAUGAUAUCAUAGUUCAACUUUUCACGAAAGACGUCAUUAACUUCAAGGAUAAAGAGGAACUGAAAACAGAGAAAACUAAUUCUAGAAAAAUGGAUAAACUGCUGACUAUCCUUAGUUCAAAGCCUCCAGAAAAAAAAGCUUACAAUGCUUUACUAGAAGCUCUGGACAAGGACCAUAUUACAGCAGAGUUGGCACAAGUUAUAAGAGAAACUGAAACAACAUCUGAUCCAUCUUUAAAGUCUGCAGUGGACCCACACCUGCUAGAUGGUGCAGUGAGAACAGUUCUUCACGAAUACCUGGUCAACAAAACUGGUGCUUCUACAUCUCUGCCAAAAAUUAGAGAAAUUCUUCAGAAGUGUCAAAUCUUCCAUGGCAAAAAUGAAUGGGACAAUAAGACUCUUUCUGAUUUUGUGUGCAAGGAAUUUGUUAGUGUGGAGAUUCAACAUGUGAGGAAGCGAAAUGCAAAGAAUUCAAAGAAAGAGACUCAGUUUAAAAACCUGGCUAUUGUAGACCCUACAAAAACUAAGCCUACCCCACCUGAAGAAAAUGCAGUAAAUUUAUCCUCAGGCAACAGUGAGCAACAAGAUAAGGAUGCAGUCAAAGUGCAAGACAUGAAUCCUGAACAAUUGAAAGAAUACCUUCAACAAAAAAUGGAAGUGUUACAUUUGCCUACAGGUGACCUGGAGGUCCUUGUCAGGGAGAAUGUUACAGGCUCUACAUUUUUGACCAUGACAGAAACUGAUUUUAAGGACCUUAUUCCAACAGCUACAUGGGGGGUCAGGCGUUUCUUGUUUUUGCAGAUUUCUGAAAACAAGUUUCCAGAACAGAGCCCAUCAUAUCCUGACCACCUGCGGAAAUUUGAUACCGAAGUCAAGCACACGGAUAAAUAUAUCAAAGGCCACUGUGUUGAUGCCUGCAUAAAUGUGCGAGGAAAGACAACAGAUCCAGUGAGAAAUUUUCAUAUAAUUGAUCAAGAUGAACAGGACCCCAUAGAUUUUAUUACAUCUGAAGUGAUUCCUUUUGUGUCUGCAUGUCUCAAUGACAGACGUAAUGGGACAGUCUUCUUUGGGAUUAGCCCUUCUGGCAAUGAUCAUCACAAGUAUGGGCAGAUAGUUGGUGUGAAUAUUUCCAAAGAGGAGUUACAGAAAGAAUUAAAUCGCAGCUUGAAGAAAUGCUUCUCCAAAUCUCAGUGGAAUGUAAUUUCAAAUGCAGUCAGAGAUGCUAAGUUUGUCCCUGUGGUUUCAGAUUGUAGCAAGGAUCCAGAUCUCAAAUUGUGGAUUGUUGAAAUUGAUGUUGUUCCUUCAAGCAGCCUUAUGAAAGAUGAUACUAUCAGAACAAAGCUUAAACAUCUACCUGUCCUUUCAAGGAAACCGAAAUCUAAAGGAAUUGGAGUAUUUAGGUUCUCAGUUGAUGGUGUUCCAGAAAUAAUAUCAUCAGAUGACAUGUAUGAAUAUGAAAGGGACCAGGAACGAAUAAUAAAAAAAAGGCAAGAGGAAGAAGCGGCACAAAAACAACAUGUAACGCCUCUAAACUUGAGGACAAGAUUGCUGAAUCUGCUUACUGGGGGAACAGAACUGAUGCAAGAUACGAUUUAUCCAUUUAUCUUUGCAAGUUCCAUUGACUCCCACAUGGAUGAGGAAUAUCUUUCCAGAAACAUGACAUUUAUAAAACAGUUGAACCCUGAAGUCGUGUAUGACUUUGAUUCAAGUGGAUCGACUAACGGCUUGUACAAGAAUUUAGAUUCUGUCCAAGAAGAAGUGAUGAGGGUACUCACCACUGAUAAUUUUGAUAAGGUUCAGCACAGUAAAGAGCAGUAUAAAACUUUUACUGAAAGCCUUGCAGCAGAAAACCGAACAUCUUGGAUUUUCUGUAAUGGGUAUGAUGUUAUGAAUUUAGAUUCAUUGAAACCAACAGAAUGGAACAGAAAGAGAAGAAGUGCCUUUCAAGAAUCAUUAAAUUUCUUUAAAGAAAACUUUGAUGAGGACAGAAUCAUUGUAAUUAUUUGUCUCUUUUCCAAGAUGUAUGAAGUUAUGAUAGAAGCUUCUGAGGAAGUUUUGACCAAAUUUCCAGAAAACUGGUUGCUCUUGGCAGAGUCAGAAGACAUUGCAAAGCUGUGGCAAGAUCAGAUGCUGGCCAGAAAUAAGAUUGAGAAAAAAGCUUUAGAAGACAGAUGUGUUGUAGGAAUGCCUUGGGAGCAGGUGAAUACCACAAUAAGACGCGCAUUUAGUACAACUGAUCUACCAUGCGAAUGUCUUUUGUCAGCUUCCACAGGAGCUUUCAUUGAAGUAAGGGAGAAGAAACUUAAGGACUGGUGUGAUCUUGAUGUUCUGACAGGAGGAGAUUUUACUCAAUAUGAAAAUGAAAAGGAAAAGAAGAAAUUAGUAGAGGAAAAAUUCUACAGAGGUGAGCAAGUGAGUUGGCUGAAUUUUUAUUUUCAUGAUCAGGUACUCAAACGAGAUAUUCAUGAUAAACUCAUGCAGACCGUGAAGGAGGCUCUUGAAGGAAAACAUAAAGAGGAAGAAGACAAGGUGACAUCUGUACCCAUUUUGCACCAACCAGGAGCAGGUGGAACAACAUCAGCAAAGCAGGUGUUGUGGGAUCUGCGGAAAGAAUACCGCUGCUGUGUUCUCAAUACAAUCACAGACCAAACUUGUGAUCAGCUGGAUGAACUAAGAAAGUAUGGUGAUUCUUCCCCUAAACCACUUUUGAUUUUAAUCGACAACGAAGAUGAAGAUAAAUGUUUGCAGCUUCGGGGACAUUUGGAAGAAAAGGGAAGACAGUUAAGCAGACAAGCUGAAAAGUCUUUCAGUGUUUACUGUACAAUCAUAUUAUGCAUCCGCAGAGCAUCAUUACCUAAACAGAUAAAGCAUCCUGAAAUAUGUCUGCGUCAAGAACUUAACCUGACCGAGCUCAAGUGGUUCAAAGACAAGAACGAAAGCUUGGAAUCUAGAUUUAACAAAGAUAUGGAAAGAAAUGUGAAUCCUAAGUUUUUAAUUUCAUUCAACAUCUUAAGAGAAAAUUUCAACAAGGAAUACAUUUCAAAAGUUGUAAAAGAGUUCUCAGAUGAUGUGAAAAAUUGA